AAACCCACAAUCAUACAAAAAGCUUGAGUUUUUACUUGUUUUUGUAUAAAUCCAACUCCAAAAAUCUCACUCAAAAGCUCUCAACUUUGCCAAAUGCGUCCGUAUACACAGACACUUGCAGUUGCAGGCUUUUUGCACAGCCGUCUUUACUAUUACCAUUGCCAUUAUUAACUGAUUAAUUAAUUAAUUAAUUAUCUCUGCAAUUACCAAAACAUGCAAACAAAACACAGAUUAGAUGUGCCUCGAGAAGGAAAACAAAACAAAUCAAAACCCAAAAAUCCAUCUUUUUUGAAAAACAUUCAUUCAAUCGAAUCACUCCAUUGAGCCCUGUGAGUUGUGAGAAUUUUCAAUUCAUGGCAACCCCUUUUUGUAAUUCUAAUAAUGUUAAUACCCUUUUAAUAACGUUUUGAUAAAGUUUAAAUCUUUACACCCUCCCAUUAAUCCCCUCUCCUGUUUGCAGAGCAUUUAUGCACCGUGCAACGUCUCUUUUUAUCCCUGUCAGAGCCCCUAAUUACUGCUUUCUACCAUUUCAUUUCUACACCUACCAUCAUUUGCUUUGCCGCUUCAUAAGUGCUUUUCUGCUGAGUGCUUUUGAUUGAUGAGCUUUUUUUUCUAAUUACUAAUAGCUGCAACUGCAGUGCUUCUAUCAGCAGCAAUACUGCUACUGCUUUUCUCUCUGUAAUCUCCGCUGUCGUUUUCUUCAUUUGGGGUCUGUGUUUUAGGUGAUUUAGCAACUGGGAUUUGGUUACUAUUUGGAAUGGCAGCUCCUUCUGGUAGCUCUGCUUCUGUGCCGUCUCUGCCACCGCCACGCCCAAAGUCGCCGCCGCAGUAUCCUGAUUUGUAUGGGAAGCGCAGAGAAACAGCCAGGGUUCAGAUGCUCGAGAGGGAGAUUGGUUUUCUUGAGGAGGAACUAAAAUCUGUUGAACGGCUUCAACCUGCUUCCAGAUGCUGCAAAGAGGUUGUUGAUUUUGUGGUUGCAAACCCAGAUCCGUUAAUACCUACGAAUCGAAAGAAACGCAGGUCAUGCCGCUUCUGGAAAUGGCUAUGCGGAAUGCCCUGUUUCAGCUGCUCAUGGAUUUUCUGUUGCUGCUGCGACGGGUGCUCUCUCCGCCUAGAAAUGCCACGCUGCUGUGACUGCGGUCCGUGUAACUGUAAUCCAUGCGCCUGCUGUCCGCUACCAAAGUGGCGAUGUUGCUGCUCAUGUCCCCGCUCCAACUGCUGCAAAAAUAUUUCAUGCGGCAGAAAUUGUUGCAUUUUCCCGUCCUGUUCAUGUCCCGAUUGCUCUUGCGCAAAUUGUUGCAUUUUCCCGUCCUGUUCAUGUCCCGACUGCUCUUGCACAAAUUGUUGCAAAUGGAAAUGCUCUUGCCCUAAAUGUCCGAAGGUACGACCGUGUUGCUGUUGUAGAAUAACCUGUUGCAACCCUUGUAGUAUAUGUUUUUAGUAUUUAUACCAUCACUGUGGAAGCUUUGUUUUUCCUUUUUAGUCUAAAUUAUGCAAAUAUUGAACGAUACAAAUAUUAUGUGAGCUAUGAAGAAACAGUUAUGUAUGA